UACAGUGAGACCACGAAAUUGUGAGACCGUGCUAAGGUGAGAACGCGAUACAGUGAGACCACGAAAUUGUGAGACCGUGCUAAGGUGAGAACGUGAUACAGUGAGACCACGAAAUUGUGAGACCGUGCUAAGGUGAGAACGCGAUACAGUGAGACCACGAAAUUGUGAGACCGUGCUAAGGUGAGAACGCGAUACAGUGAGACCACCAUACAAAGAUACCGACAUACAAUGAGACCGCGAUAGAGUGCAAACGCGAAACAGUGUUACCUGGCUUCACUUAGACCGUGAUACAAUGAGACCGUGAUACAGUGAGACCAUGAUACAGUGAGACCGCGAUAUUGUGAGACCGUGAUACAAAGAGAACACGAUUCAUUGAUACCGCGAUACAAUGAGACGGCUAUAGAGUGAUACCGCGAUACAAAGAGACUGUAAUACAGUGAGCCCGUGAUAUAAUGCCCGUGAUUUAAUGAUUUUACGACAGACUGAAACAGUGAUACAGUGAGACAAUGAGACUGAUUCAGUGAGACAGCGACACAGUGCGACCGUUAUACAGAGAGAUCGUUUUUAGUGAUCCUGUUAUACAAAGGGACAGUUAUACAACGAGACCGUUAUUCAGUGAGACCAUUAUACAGAGAGACCGUUCUGUUGUGAGACCGUGAUAUAGUGAUACAGUGAGACUCACGUGGUAAGUGGUCGGACGUAAUGAGAUAUGUCGAUUUGAUUGUGACGGAAAAAAAACUUUAUGAGAAAUAAGUUCUUGUCUUUGUUCAAAUAACAAUUUACAGCUCCCCCCCCCCCCAUUUUUUUUAAAAAAGGAAAACCUUUUUUUUCUAUAAAAUUUAGGAGCAAAUAUUUUUGGAAAUGGAUAUGUAACAUGACAAAACUCGAGCUAAAAUAUUUUACUUAUAAAUCUUCUGUUAAUGUUGAAUGGAUGGCUGGAAAUACAUGGUAUUUGUGAUGAGAUCAGUGCAGCCCCCCCCCUCCCCACACUUGUUAGUGUUAAUGGAUAUAAUUUUAUGAUUGGGAUAAUUGUUACAUAAAGUAAACUAUAUAAUUAUCUAUAUAAAAGUUAAUUAUAAGAAAAUUAUUGUAGAGUGUUGCUAUGAUGUCAUUAGGGUGCUGGAUGGCCGAUUGGUCUAAACUGAGCAAAUCUCAAGUUGGUGGUCUGGAGUUCAAUUCCGGCUAGAGCAAAAACACCACCAGCACCCCGGGUAGAUGAGACUCGUUAACCUUGGAUGGCAACUCAUCUAAGAGAAGGAAACUCUGAAAUCAAACUCGGAGAUGGAGUCCCGAAAGGCGGAUAACAUUGAUACAAUGAAACAUUCCGGCGACGUCACUGGUGCCAAGCUGUAUCAUCCAAUGAUGUAUGAUGUUCCCUUGGGUUACCCAGCGGCGUGGAGAGAGGCGAUUUGCUGUUGGGAACCAGCUUAUAAUCCUUAACGUAUAAUCCCAGGCCAUCCUCCGAAGCCCACUCCAUCGUCACAUUGUGACGGACGGAUGCCAGCUAUGAUGUCAUUGUCAUGUCUGGCUUAAAAACUUUUAAGUAGUGAUGGAGAAGACCUUUUGUAGUGGUGGAGAAGAACUCUUGUAGAGGUGGAAAAGACAUAUUGUAGUGAUGGAAAAGAAAAGGCAUAGUGUUUCAGACCUCUUGUAGUGAUGAAGAAGACAUAUUGUAAAUAUGGAGAAGACCUCUUGUAGUGAUAGAGAAGACUUCUUGCAGUGAUAGAGAAGACCUCUUAUAGUGAUGGAGAAGACCUCUUGUUGUGAUAGAGAAGACUUCUUGCAGUGAUAGAGAAGACCUCUUGUAGAGAUAGAGAAGACCUGUUGUAGUGACAAAGAAGACCUAUUGAAGUGGUAGAGAAGAACUCUUGUAGUGAUGGAGAAGACUACUUGUAGUGAUGGAGAAGACCUCUUUUAGUGGUGGAGAAGACCUCUUUUAGUGAUGUUGAAGACAUAUUGUAGUGAUGGAGAGGACCUCUUGUAGUGAUGGAAAAGACCUGUUGUAGGGACAAAGAAGACCUAUUUUAGUGUUGGAGAAGAACUCUUAUAGUGAUGGAGAAUGCCUCUUGUACUGAUGGAGAAAACCAAUCUUAGUUGUAGAGAAGACAUCUAGUAGUGAUGGAGAAGAUCUUUUGUUGUGGUGGAGAAGGCAUCUCGUAGUGACAGAGAAGACCUGGUGUUCUGAUAAAAAAGACCUAUUGUAGUGGUGGAGAAUAACGCUUGUAGCUGCGAAGAAGACCUCUUGUAAUGGUGGAGAAGACCUCUUGUGGUGACAGAGAGGACCUCUUGUAGUGAUGGAGAAGAAUUCGCCACUUCCUAAAUAGAUAAAUUGAAAACUAGUUCUUAGAUUCUUUUAUUUUUUAUUAGUUCAAACAGUUUCUGUUAUCUUGCUUAUUUCACUAAAAAAAAAACGAAUGACCCGGAAAAGAAAAAAAAAAAAGGAUAAUUUUCUCAUUCCAAUAAUACCAUUUGUUAAAAUCAAGCUCAUUUCAAAUAAAAAUGUUAUAGAAAUAUUUAUUGGGAUUACAAGUUGCCGUUGACGGGUAUGAGGCCAGAGGCGAGGGUGGUAACCUCUGGCCGAGGAUAUAAAUAAUGCAGCCGUGAGAACGCUGCCCCUAGGCAACCGUUUCGUCCCAGCUACAGCGUGAACUAGUCGCGUUGUGGAAACCCACUGUGGAAUCCCUCUUAUAGGGCGUCCGAUGCUUUCCCGGGAUGGGUGGGGGGAGAUAUUAGGACGUACAUUUUUUCCAUCCCAACUCCUGAGAAAGUCGAUCGAGUGCACUGUUUAAACGCAAAGUGUCGGAUCGACCGGGUGCCUCCUCGUUGGGGCGGCCCCCAGGCGGGGCCCUGGUCGAGCGCCCAGGCGCCCAGGUGAGGGACUUGGGUGAGGGGCCCGUGUGGGGGCCGUCCUGACGAGUGGGCAUCUCCAACUUGCCGCUCCGCGGCCCGAUUCGUCAGUCGGGGGGGGGGGGUAAUUGGGGGGGGGCAUAAGAGUCUAGACUCGCCCCGCUGCCGCCAUUUUUUAAUGUAACAUUGGGAGGUAAUAAACUUAAAUUUAAUUUUUGUUUGUUUUGUUUUUUAAUUUUUUGUUUAACGCAACACUAAUAAAGAAGCUUUUAAAGGGGUGGGCAUAAGAGUCUAGACUCGCCCCGCUGACGCCAUUUCUUAAUGUAACAUUGGGAUGUAAUAAACUUAAAUUUAAUUUUUGUUUGUUUUGUUUUUUAAGUUCUUGUUUAACGCAACACUAAUAAAGAAGCUUUUAAAUUGGUCAGUGUUUGAUAGAGUUUUACAUAGGCCCUUAAUAAAUUGACAUUUUACUAAACUCAAUUAGUUGAAUAAAUAUGCUGACAUUUUAAAUAGCGAUUUUUCAGGAAUCUGUGAACAGAAGAGAACAAAUAAAACAUAGAAAAUGAUAAUAAAUUUUUACAUAGAAAAGACUACUUGCAUUGAUCUGCUUGUGAUAGUUUGAUUCAAUACAUUGAAAUACAGAUGUCAUCUUGUGAUUGUUUGAUUCAAUGCAUUGAAAUGCAGAUGUCUGCUUGUGAUAGUUUGAUUCAAGACAUUGAAAUACAGAUUACAUUAUCCAGAUUUAUUUACAAACAUGCUCAACAACUAGUUAAAAUAUUUUAUAACAGAUUGUUUCUGUUUGAUUUUCCUCAGGACAGUUUAAAAAAAAAGCUAUGCAAUAUUUGAAUGGUAUCCAAAGCACAGAAUGUGUGAUUAUAUUUUUAUCUACAUGACAUCCCCCCCCCCAACGACCCAUAAAAAUGCAUUAGUUACCAACAAACACAGUCCCCAACAUUCACCUUGCCGUCUGGGAGCGAUAUUGAAAGCUCGCUGAUGACGUUGCAGUUUGAAUAACAAAAAGAGACAAUACCAUUGGCGUGUCGACCAAACGCCGUCCUCUAUGAACGCCACAGAUACAUAAAGACACCAUAGGAACCAAAAAUAAAACGAAGGAGACACAUAAGUUCAAGUUAACUGACAUGACAUAGCUGAUGACAGAAUGGUAACGUGCCCAUGACUAAAUGCACAACAUAUAAGAUCUUCACAAAGAAUUUGUAAAAAAAAAAAAAAGUAUACAUAAAAAAUAUAAAAAAAAAAAAAAAAAUAUAAAAUCUUUAUAAAAAAAAGAUAAUUUUUUUUUUUUUUUUUUUGUUUUAUACGUUUUAAUGUUAAACAUUGUGUAAUGUUAAGUCAAAAAUUAUCGUAACUAUUGGUACAAACUUUUCAUGACUAAUCUGAAAGAUAUUCUAAACCUAUCGUGACCUUCUCGCUUUUUGACAAAAAUCAUUAUUCCUCAGAAUAUAUAUAUUCUAUACUAGCGAGAACCCGGCAUGCGCCGCAAAGCCACUCAGAGAAAAAAAAAAAGGUGUUUGUGUUUUAAUUAUGUUUUUUAAAGUAAUUUUUAAAUAGAAUAUUUUUUUUCCCGUUUGGUGCGUACACAAAUAAAUUAGUAGUUUUUUCGAGCAGGCUACAUAGAGCUGUCCACGUAAGACGUAUGGGUUUUCAAAAUUUUUGUCCACACACGUGUAGCGAUUGAUCCACCCAUGCAGCAGCUCUGUUUGAAAUUAUAUAUAUAUAUAUAUAUAGCUCAUUUAAAAAAAAAAAUGCCCUUGGCCCCUAAAGCAAAAUUGUAAACAGGUUGUACUAAUUCAGAAACCUACUUAUUAUAUCACAUACAAACUGAAAUGUCGCUUGUAUUUGAUUCAAUUCCAUCCACCCAUGCAAUAACUUUUGUUUGAAAUUAUAUUUGUAGCACUCAUAUAAGAAGAAAAUUAUUUAGGGCCCCAGGUCCCCAAAGGAAUAUUUCAAAAUGGAUAACCUAAUUCAGACACCUUUGCGGGCUAGCACAAAACAAGCCAAGCUUUAUCGCAAUCGAAUCAAUUGUAUAGAAACCUUCUCGACGGUGCUGACCUGGUUCUUUCUUAUCGAUGCGUAACGUCGCGCAAUGACGUUACCAACAAUUUUUAUGCUACGGUAAUGAAGUCGGUCAGAUAUGACAAGGCAAUUUUAAAAGUGUACUAGUAUUCUCUUGUGUUCCGUCUGCGAAAGCGGAGCGUCUCCGAGGAAACUUGGGGACGUCCAAGUGUGGGCCUUGCCUCUUCGUGACGUGGCGGACUGGUAGGGAGGUACUACUCCCCCGAAGCUAAAAAACCCCGGCCGACCACAUGACUCCCCACGCAACGAGAGUAAUAACGUCAUGACAUGAUUACCUGUUGCCGUUAAUGGAUAUGAGGUUUGGGUGGCGGUUAAAACCCAUGACGAUGAUUUUAGAUAGGCGGCAAUGAGAAAGCCGCUCCUAGGCGAGCAUUUCGUCCCAGAUUUCGUCCCCACCGAAAGACUCCUUGGGCGGCGGGGGGGGGGUGGUAACGCAACACCUUCCCUCCGGAGUGGAAGCAAAUCCGCCCAGACUGACUGGAGAGUGGACCGCGAACGUUUUAAACGCAGCGUUUUCGGUCAACUGGACGUCCCCCAGGCUAAGGGUAGGCUCCCGGCGUCCCGUCGCACUGUCUGGCGGCAGGGAGACCCGGCGUCUGUCCCGUGUGGAUGCGUGCCUGUCCAUCUAUCUAUCUAUCUAUCUAUCUAUCUAUCUAUCUAUCUAUCUAUCUAUCUAUCUAUCUAUCUAUCUAUCUAUCUAUCUAUCUAUCUAUCUAUCUAUCUAUCUAUCUAUCUAUCUAUCUGUCUAAUCUGUCUAAUCUGUCUAAUCUGUGUAAUCUGUCUGUCUGUCUGUCUGUCUGUCUGUCUGUCUGUCUGUCUGUCUAUCUAUCUAUCUAUCUAUCUGCAAAUAGCAGGUGGAGAUUAAUGCUAAAUUAUUAUCGCGAUAACCUCGGGUGAUACUUUCUAGUUCAUAAGAAUGCAACUCCGAAAUUGAAAUCCGAUAAGAAAUUAAACAAGUAUUAGUUUAUUUGAAGGGAUCAAAAAAAUGAAUGUAAUGGAUUUCUUUGCCAAAAUAUUGCUACCAAUUUACCAAGGGAGAUCAUCGGACGAGCACAGUUACCCUUUGUAAUCGAUUUGUAUGAGUUUUCAAGGAGGAUCACUCGGCUUCACACAAUAGUACACAAUAUUUCUUGCAGCUAUUCCCCUUAAAUGACAGAAAAGUGUUCCUCGCACUAAAGAGGUAGCAGGUUCCAAUGCAUCCGAAGCUGUUGGCAAGGGUAGCAAUGGUCUCAUCAGUCUCAUAAGGCAGCCAUUUAGCUUUUGGAAAUCCCAGAUGACAUGUGUAUUCUUCAAAAUUAAAGAAAAAAGAAAUUAUCCAUGCCCCACCACAAGAGGUAUGCCAUCUAUGUUCCACCACAAGAGGUAUGCUAUCUAUGUUCCACCACAAGAGGUAUGAUAUCUAUGUCCCAUCAUAUGAGGUAUGCUAUCCAUGUCCCACCACAAGAGGUAUGCUAUCUAUGUCCCACCAAAAGAGGUAUGCUAUCUAUGUCCCACCACAAGAGGUAUGCUAUCUAUGUCCCACCACAUGAGGUAUGCUAUCUAUGUCCCACCACAAGAUAUAUGCUAUCUAUAUCCCACACCAAGAGGUACGCUAUCUAUGUCCCAUCACAAGAGGUACGCUAUCUAUGUCCCACCACAAGAGGUAUGCCAUCUAUGUCCCACCACAAGAGGUAUGCUAUCUAUGCCCCACCACAAGAGGUAUGCUAUCUAAUCCCACACCAAGAGGUAUGCUAUCUAUGGUCCACCACAAGAGGUAUGCUAUCUAUGCCCCACCACAAGAGGUAUGCUAUCUAAUCCCACACCAAGAGGUAUGCUAUCUAUGGCCCACCACAAGAGGUAUGCUAUCUAUGCCCCACCACAAGAGGUAUGCUAUUUGCUAUCUAUAUCCCACCACAAGAGGUAUGCUAUCUAUGUCCCACCACAUGAGGUAUACUAUCUAUGUCCCAUCACAAAGGUAUGCUUAUGUCCCACCACAAGGGGUAUGCUAUCUAUGUCCCACCACAUGAGGUAUACUAUCUAUGUCCCAUCACAAAGGUAUGCUAUCCCUGCCCCAUCACAUGAGAUAUGCUAUCUAUGCCCCAUCACAAAGGUGUGCUAUGUCCCAUCACAUAGAAAUGCUCUCUAUGUCCUGUAAUUGUCGGUAACGUUAUAAACGAAAUAAAUCAAGAGCAACACUUUUUUAUUUUUAUCAAAUCGAUGCGUAUAAUUUACAGUAGACUUUAUAAAUAAUUUUAAAUUAUUGAUGUUCAUGUGAUUAAAAUAUACAUUUGGAAAAGGCUUUUUAAAAACUAUGUGGAACGUGAAAUGCACUUGCGUGGGGAGGGGGUGCCAAGCGGAUGGCACGCCACGGUCGGCACGCCACGGUCGGCACGCCACGGUCGGCACUUUUUCAUCAUGGGGAGUCAUUAUUGGCCACUCGUAGAUUUUUUUUUUCGUGUAAAAGGUGGGGGGAGGGCCAAAAAGCUUGGCCCGCGCCGUGUGCCACUAACCCGCGAUAUGCUUCUAAUGGCAAUAACCCGAGCUACGCUCCUGAUGAUGUGGCGCACUAACCCGAGCUACGCUCUGAAGUGGCGCACUAACCCGAGCUACGCUCCUGAUGAAGUGGCACACUAACCCGAGCUACGCUCCUGAUGAAGUGGCGCACUAACCCGAGCUACGCUCCUGAUGAAGUGGUGCACUAACCCGAGCUACGCUCCUGAUGAAGUGGUGCACUAACCCGAGCUACGCUCCUGAUGAAGUGGCGCACUAACCCGAGCUACGCUCCUGAUGAAGUGGUGCACUAACCCGAGCUACGCUCCUGAUGAAGUGGCGCACUAACCCGAGCUACGCUCCUGAUGAAGUGGCGCACUAACCCAAGCUACGCUCCUGAUGAAGUGGCGCACUAACCCGAGCUACGCUCCUGAUGAAGUGGCACACUAACCCAAGCUACGCUCCUGAUGAAGUGGCGCACUAACCCAAGCUACGCUCCUGAUGAAGUGGCACACUAACCCGAGCUACGCUCCUGGUGAAGUGACGCACUAACCCAAGCUACGCUCCUGAUGAAGUGGCACACUAACCCGAGCAACGCUCCUGGUGAAGUGGCGCACAACCCGAUCUACGAUCCUUGUGAUGUGGGGCACUAACCCGACCGACGAUCCCUGUAAGUCACAUUUUUGAGGACGUCUAGACUAUGUCGAGUGGAGCAGACGAGACGACAUUGAUAAUUUUAUUCUCUCUUGUCAACUGUGACCUGGUUCUGGUUCAUUGAUGCAUAAUGUCCCCUGAGGACAUCUCGAAAAAAAUGAGUGCAUCGAUUACGAAGUCGGUCAGACAUGACAAGGCAAUUUUAAAAAAUGUAUUCGGACACUCCUGUGUUCAUCUUCAUGUUGGGGUGAAGUUCAACUGCCUACCUUUGCUAUUGGAGCGUUACUGUAAGCACCUACCCAGGCGUGGCGUAUAUUUCCCCCAUGUAUCGUUACUGUAAACAUGUCGCCACAUGAUAGGCCUCGAGAAAUUAAGCAAAAUAUGUCAAAGCUAAGCAGUGGCAGUUUUUUUUUAUUCUUGUUCACAUUAAGGAACAGAGGCAAAGGUCACAUCUGAUAAUAGGUUUCCCCAGGGCUAACGUUUGUACGGUUGGAUUGGUUUCCUCCCAAUCCUCUUUCCACGGGUCCAAAUAUAAAAAAAAAAUGUGGAAUGGAAUAAUGUGGGCUUUGCUAUGAUGACACUUAGAGGAGAUAAGGGAGGGCUUUGCUAUGAUGUCACUUUGAGGAGACAAGGGAGGGCUUUGCUAUGAUGACACUUCGAAGAGAUAAGGGAGGGCUUGGCUAUGAUGACACUUUGAGGAGAUAAGGGAGAGCUUUGCUAUGAUGACACUUUGAGGAGACAAGGGAGGGCUUUGCUAUGAUGUGAAGUAAGUAGAUAAGGGAGGGCUUUGCUAUGAUGACACUUUGAGGAGAUAAGGGAGGGCUUAGCUAUGAUGACACUUUGAGGAGACAAUGGAGAGCUUUGCUAUGAUGACACUUUGAGGAGAUAAGGGAGGGUUUUCCUAUGAUGUCACUUUGAGGAGAUAAGGGAGGGCUUUGCUAUGAUGUCACUUUGAGGAGAUAAGGGAGAGUUUUUCUAUGACACUUUGAGGGGAUAAGGGGGAGCUUUGCUAUGAUGUCACUUUGAGGAGAUAAGGGAGGGUUUUCCUAUGAUGUCACUUUGAGGAGAUAAGGGAGGGCUUUGCUAUGUUGACACUUUGAGGAAAUAAGGGAGAGCUUUGCUAUGAUGACACGUUGAGGUGAAAAGGGGGAGCUUUGCUAUGAUGACACUUUGAGGAGAUAAGGGAGAGCUUUGCUAUGAUGACACUUUGAGGAGACAAGGGAGGGCUUUGCUAUGAUGUCAAGUAAGGAGAUAAGGGAGGGCUUUGCUAUGAUGACACUUUGAGGAGAUAAGGGAGGGCUUUGCUAUGAUGACACUUUGAGGAGACAAUGGAGAGCUUUGCUAUGAUGACACUUUGAGGAGACAAUGGAGAGCUUUGCUAUGAUGACACUUUGAGGAGACAAUGGAGAGCUUUGCUAUGAUGACACUUUGAGGAGACAAUGGAGAGCUUUGCUAUGAUGACACUUUGAGGAGACAAUGGAGAGCUUUGCUAUGAUGACACUUUGAGGAGACAAUGGAGGUCUUUUCUAUGAUGACACUAUGAGGAGACAAGCAGUAAGAACAGCGUAUUCGCCAAGUCAGAAUGUUCUAAUUAUCUUUAGGUAGUUGAUAUGCAUUAAUCUGCUCUACAGAAACGGCUUGAAUACUUGCAUGGUACCAGGCAGUGGCUUAUCUCGGGGGGAGGGGUUGCCGACCGCACCGGGUGACCAUCCCAUGGGGUGACACCAAAUUGAAAAAGUGUAUAUUUACAGAGCACACACUUGUUGGUCUAUCAGAAUUUCAUAAAAGUAUAACGGAUCACGUGAAAUGUUACAUGUGUGUAACCAAUCCAAGUGAUACUGUUAUGGCUAUUGGUUUUGAUAAAGUUAUUGACAGGUUUGCAACUUUGAAGACCAAGAAAGGAAAAUUUUAAAUAAAGUAAAUUUAAUUUAAAUCUAUAACCUAACGUUGUCACAGUUCUUAAAUGCAUUUACCUCCUGACCUUCAGUUAAUUUGUGUUUGUUCUAGUACUUAUUAUACUGUGUGGAAUUAUUAUAACAUGAAGAGACGCAUCAAGAAGUGGGGGUGGGGGGGGGGGUGGAGGUUGGUGACACCAUGAGUUUACCGCACCGGGUGACACCAGGGCUGCCACAUCUUGGGGAAAUUUACCAAGAUCUUGUGAAUUAAUUAUACUGUGUGGAAUUAUUAUAACAUGAAGAGACGCAUCAAGAAGUGGGGGUGGGGGGGGGGUGGAGGUUGGUGACACCAUGAGUUUACCGCACCGGGUGACACCAGGGCUGCCACAUCUUGGGGAAAUUUACCAAGAUCUUGGGAAUUCACUACCCAAUUCAGGACAAAAACUCUCUUAUUUUUAAAAAAAAUCCCCCAAGACCCUUUAAAAAAAAAAAAACUCUUACAUAUUUUCAUGAUCUUGGGAAAUCUUGGGAAUUGUUUUGACCAAAUCUUGGGAAUUAAAAAAAAAUUUGCCUGGCAGCCAUGGGUGACACCAACCCUUGCUACGCCAUUGUUCUCCAGCACUCCAGUCCCACUGAUUCAAACGUUCUCUCUCUCUCUCUAUAUAUAUAUAUAUAUAGUUUCAAGGCUAUACUUUGAAGAGAUGUGGAUCAUACUGUCGUCAUCAUGCUUAUAUAGUCGCAAGAGCUUAGAGCCACAAUGCUCUGGAUAAAGGUUUUUCCUAUUUAAGUGGUAGACGGCGGGGGUGGGGGGGCGGUGGGUUCUUCGGUCCCGUCCCCCCAAAAAAUCCGCGAAGCAGGAUAGACAUAGUUUUGUGUUUAAAUAAAAAGGGAAUUGACACAUAUUCUAUAUCGUUGCUCGGGUUUUUUGGAGGCAAGGGCAGACUUGAGAGUUUCAGGUUAGCAAUUUUCUUAUGAAAUUUUAUUUUUUUAGAGAUGUCAAUGAAACUUUAAAAAAAAAAAAUAAUAAACGGGGAUUUUUCUCUGCUUAUUUAUAAUUCACAAACAAAUACAGCCACACACACACACACACAGCCACACACAUACACACACACACACACACAGCCACACACACACACACAACAGUUAUGCUUAACAUUGAAAAUCUCUACGCACUCGCACAGGACUUGAAAAAACACCAACGCUCUCAUUAAGUAGCCAACAUAGCCGGCAUUGCAUAGGUUUUUUAAAGGCAAAAACAACAACUUCGAAAGCGUUAUAAGAGCGAGCACACGUUGGCUAAAUUUGAGGCCCCUGAAAUGCUUUUCCUUAUAUGGAAGGCCAGAUUUAUGAUAAUUCUUGUAAACAUUGAAUUGUGGACACAGCCCGGGUUUAAAAUAUAUAUAUAUAUAUAUAUAUAUAUUCCUGAAACCGGAGUGCCUGCCAUUGUACGCUAGCAAUACAGGUUGAGUGGCAGGCAUUCUGACCAGGUGUCCAAACCGAUUAAUUUGUUGUUAAGACUUGAGACACGUUCUACUGGCCGACUGGGAUGGCACCAGCCGGUUGGCGGAUUGCCAGGUUGGCGAAUACGGUCGCUUGUCGUUUUGCCAGCAGCUCGCCGUAAACAUCUAAUCUCGCAGUUUUAUCUCGUGACUUUGAUCCAGAUCAGAGCCCAGGUUUUGAAACUGUAACACUACCGAGGGAUCAGUGGCGUAGCGAGGGCUUUUGGCGCCCGGGGACAAAAUUCGCGCCCGGGGACAAGAUCCAUUUUUAGCCCCCCUUUUUCUUUUUUUCAACUCUCAAACCCAUUAUUUUCAUCAAUAAAAUAAUAUCAAAGCACAUUUUGGCGCCCCUAACUAGCUGGCGCCCGGGGACAUCUGUCCCCCCCUGACCCCACCACGCUACACCUCUGCGUGGGAUAACACUGCAACUGUAACACUACUGUGAGAUUAUCGGAUUUCAUUAAUGCAAUUGAGACAUAAACUUAGUUUGUCUUGUAUUUAAGAAGCUUAUAAUAAAUGUAAAAAUAAAUUAGGAUAAUUUAAGUUUUAAAAAUGCUAUAUAAUUGGACGGAUGUCGUUCAGUGUGUAACAAAUGAUGCCUUUGAGACGCAGAUCUCCUUAUAAAAAUACACCACCCCAUAUUUUGACUUAGUGCUGUUUGAGGCUACACCUUGAACUUGUGAUUCUCGCUUCCCAAUGCGCAUAUUCUAUUAAGGUGGCAAUACAACUCAACAACAGAGUCUCUAGUAGUCUAGGUCGUUAAACCUCCAGAUAUGUCAAAGCACGCUUCAUGCAUGCUACUGAACUAUGAGAUACUUGUAUAAAUUUGCAGACCCCCGUAUACAAGGCAAUGAACUGUAAUAAAAUGAUACAACGAUGAUUUCCGUUUAUUAAAAGCAUAUGUUUUCAUUGAUCAGAGAAUCUCUGCUCGGUUUUGUAUUCGGGGAAAAAAACUUCUAAAGUCUUAAGCGUUAUCAGCUUAUAUGUAAGUUUAGGGACCUGUCAAACAAAAAAAUCGCCAAGUUAUAAAUUUAAACUUCAUUUUUUUUUCUAUAAAAGCCAGAAUUUUACACACAAAAAAUCUUUUAAACAUUGAUUUUAGGACAGAACCUUUAAGUUAAUAUCCAAGCUGGAUUUAAAGACAAAUAUUACGUUUUAAUAGAAUAAUGUUUGUUUAAAUGUCUAUUUCAAGAAAAGAGGGCACUUUUUAAAUUAUUUCAAUUGACUUCCCUUUUUGUUGGUGUGUUUCUUUCUCUCUCAAAGCCACGGGCUUUGUACUUGUCACGCAUCUGGGUUCAGCUAUGGCAUUAGUCUAUCACGCUUUACACGUACUAAGUUUGUACUUGUCACGCAUCUGGGUUCAGCUAUGGCAUUAGUCUAUCACGCUUUACACGUACUAAGUUUGUACUUGUCACGCAUCUGGGUUCAGCUAAGGCAUUAGUCUAUCACGCUUUACACGUACUAAGUUUGUACUUGUCACGCAUCUGGGUUCAGCUAUGGCAUUAGUCUAUCACGCUUUACACGUACUAAGUUUGUACUUGUCACGCAUCUGGGUUCAGCUAUGGCAUUAGUCUAUCACGCUUUACACGUACUAAGUUUGUACUUGUCACGCAUCUGGGUUCAGCUACGGCAUUAGUCUAUCACGCUUUACACGUACUAAGUUUGUACUUGUCACGCAUCUGGGUUCAGCUAUGGCAUUAGUCUAUCACGCUUUACACGUACUAAGUUUGUACUUGUCACGCAUCUGGGUUCAGCUAUGGCAUUAGUCUAUCACGCUUUACACGUAUUAAGUUUGUACUUGUCACGCAUCUGGGUUCAGCUACGGCAUUAGUCUAUCACGCUUUACACGUACUAAGUUUGUACUUGUCACGCAUCUGGGUUCAGCUACGGCAUUAGUCUAUCACGCUUUACACGUACUAAGUUUGAUUACAAAAAAAUUCCCACUCCGAGAAAUCAGUCGUGCUGCAAUGACAUCAAUAAUAAAUGACGUACAAUUACAUAAAUGAAGCCAGAAUGCGUAUCAAAGGAUAUAGACAAGAAACUUUUUUUUUAAGGGUUUUUUUAAAGGGUUGUUCGAUUGAAGUAAAUUUUUCAUCGCGAGACCUAAAUGACAACACUUUAUUUUUCGUACCUAAGGAUGUGUCUAUUUGGUCUGUGGACAUCCGUCUCUUGCUUCCCUUUGUAUUUAUUCUACAGCUUGUAAAAGGUAGACUAGGAGGGAUUUAGCGAGCUGGUCGUUCAAUAAUAUACCCUUCCACUGGAAUUAAUGAUUCUUUUAUUCCUCAUUAUGAGUGAGCGCAUAAAAUGAUGUCAUCCAUGCAACAUUUCAAAAAUGCCACUAGAUGGCUUCUCACGCAUUCUGGUGUGAACGUAUCCUGAUUGGGCUGCUUUUAAAACGUCUAGUAUUUUUUUCAUUUUAUUUUACAUCAUACUUUGUGCACUUAAUGUUAAUGGGUAAAUCGGUUAUCAUUUUUUGUUGGAUGACGUCAGCCGCGUGCCACAUGCUAUUCGGGACGCAGAAGAGAAGAUCAGCACAGGUCAUGUCCAUGAGAAUGUUUCAUGUAAUUAAAAAUAUAUGAGAAUGAGCCAGGGCAGUGGUCAGCUAAUCGCAGCUCGGGGGCCGCAUGCGGCUCUUUAGCGACGUGAGUGCGGCUCGGCCAGUCAGCCACUAUUGGUUUUGACUCCGAAAAACAUAGUUCUUGAAAGGAUUUUGGAAAUUUAGAAAUUUGGCUCUCAAAUUUUUUGUUAAUCGUCCUGCUGCAGAUUUUUUGGCUCUUUUGACAAAUGAGUUUGCCGAUCACUGGUCGAGAUCUUUGAAAAAUAGUAUUGUACGGCUAAAGUAUAAUAUCUCUUCACUUAUGAGUUACAAUUUUUUUAAAAAUAUAUGUGCACUUAGUCCUAAGGGGAAAAGAUGUAACAUGGCCUCCCAUUGGUACAAUGUAACAUGGCCACCUAGGGUUAAAAUGUAACAUUGCCUUCUAGGGGUAAAGUGUAACAUUGCUUCCUAAUGGCAUAAAUUGAAAAUUGCCCCCUAGGGGUAAAUAUUUAACAUUGCCUCCUAGUGGUAAAUAUGUAACAUUGCCUCCUAGGGGUAAAGAUGUAACAUUGCCUCCUGGUGGUAAAGAUGUAACAUUUCCUCCUUGGGGUAAAGAAGUAAAAUUGCCUCCUAGUAGUAAAGAUGUAAAAUUGCCUCCUAGAGGUAAACUAUAACAGUGCCUCCUAGUGAUAAAGAUGUAACAUAGUCUCCUAGGGGUAAAGAUGAAACAUUGCCUCCUACUGGUAAAGAUGUAACAUUGCCUCCUAGGGGUAAAAAUGUAUCAUUGCCUCCUAGGGGUAAAGAUGUAACAUUGUCUUCUAGGGGGUCAAGAUGCAGCAUUGCAACCCAGCGGUAAAGAUGUAUAAUUUCCUCCUGGGGUUUAGGAUGUAACAUUGCCUCCUAGGGGUAAGGAUGUAACAUUGUCUUCUAGGGGUCAAGAUGCCGCAUUUCAACCCAGCGGUAAAGAUGUAACAUUGUCUCCCAGUGAUAAAGGUGUCCCAUUGCCACCUAGGGGUAAAGAUGUAACAUUGCCUCCUAGGGGUCAAGAUGUAACAUGUCCUCCUAUUACCUAUCUCACAAGCACCAAGCUUCAUUGCAAUGUAAAAACAUAACGCACACGCAUAUACAUUGCUUAAGCAAAUCUUUAAACGUUUGACUAUAUUUUCUAGCUCGCCGUUCACAAUGCAGUCGGAAGAGGCGACAGCUAUCCACAGACUGCACAAGGGAGACAGCUUCUCGAAGGUUUACGCCUCGCAUAGACCAUCUUAUCCCCAGCGAGUGUUUAAAGGGAUCCUAGAUUACCACGGAGACAACAAACCUUCCGGCUGUCAGCUGGCUGUGGAUGUCUGCUGUGGGUCGGGACAGAGCACGAUUCCGUUGACCGAGCAUUUUUCAAAAGUAAAACCACGAGAAACGAAUUUAGAUGUAGAAUUUCCCAUGAUUUUAGAACUAUAACUUCCCAUGAUUUUAGAACUAUAAUUUCCCAUGAUUUUAGAACUAUAAUUUUCAUUGAUUUUAGAACUAUAAUUUCCCAUGAUUUUAGAACUAUAAUUGCCCAUGAUUUUAGAACUAUAAUUUCCCAUGAUUUUAGAACUAUAAUUUCCCAUGAUUUUAGAACUAUAAAUUCACAUGAUUUUAGAACUAUAAUUUCACAUGAUUUUUAGAAUUAUAAUUUGAAUUAUAUUUUCACAUGAUUUUAGAUGUAUAAUUUCACAUGAUUUUAGAAUUAUAAUUUCACAUGAUUUUUAGAAUUAUACUUUGAAGUAUAAUUUCACAUGAUUUUAGAACUACAAUUUCACAUGAUUUUAGAACUAUAAUUUCCCAUGAUUUUAGAACUAUAAUUGCCCAUGAUUUUAGAACUAUAAUUUCCCAUGAUUUUAGAACUAUAAUUUCCCAUGAUUUUAGAACUAUAAUUUCACAUGAUUUUAGAACUAUAAUUUCACAUGAUUUUUAGAAUUAUAAUUUGAAUUAUAUUUUCACAUGAUUUUAGAUGUAUAAUUUCACAUGAUUUUAGAAUUAUAAUUUCACAUGAUUUUUAGAAUUAUACUUUGAAGUAUAAUUUCACAUGAUUUUAGAACUACAAUUUCACAUGAUUUUAGAACUAUAAUUUCCCAUGAUUUUUAGAAUUUUAAUUUGAAUUAUAAUUUCCCAUGAUUUUAGAACUAUAAUUUCCCACGAUUUUAGAAUUAUAAUUUGAAUAAUAAUUUCCCAUGAUUUUAGAACUAUAAUUUCCCAUAAUUUUAGAAUUAUAAUUUCCCAUGAUUUUAGAACUAUAAUUUCCCAUGAUUUUAGAAUUAUAAUUUCCCAUGAUUUUAGAAUUUUAUUUCCCAUGAUUUUAGAAUUAUAAUUUACAAUGAUUUUUUAGAAUUAUAAUUUCCCAUGAUUUCUGACUUAUGUUUUACAAUGCUUUUAGACAUUGAUUUUUUUUUUAAGUUAACGUAAUUUUAGACAUAUAUUUGCAAUGAAUAAGACUUACAUUUGUCAUUGGUUUUAGAUUUAUAGUCUUUCAUGUUUACGGAAUUAUAUUUUCCCAUAAUCGAGUGCGGAUCUCUUGAGGGAAAGGGCAAUUCUUUUUUCUUUUUUUAAAUAAAUCCAAAGAAAGCAGUCAUGAUUCGAAAUUUUAUAAUGUAACAAGGAAACUAUAUUAAUUACACAGAUAAUGUAUCAACGUGUGUAGAGACAAUUUUUUACCCUGCAGGUUGUAGGUGUUGACAUCAGUGAAGAACAGCUUGCAAACAUGCCAAAACGUACACCAAACCUGGUAGGCUGUGUGGCGCCCGCAGAGGACAUCCCCAUGCUGGGAAACGGCACAGCCGAUUUGGUUACCAUAGGAUCGAGCAUACACUGGGUGGACUGCGAGAGGUGGGUCUUGAAAAUGAAUCAUCGGUUGAUGGCGUCGAGAUGGUGUAAUGUGUUUGACACUAGGCUUACCCUCCUAUACGCACGUUAUAUUUAGAUGUUUUUUUGCUUUUUUAAAUUUAAUUAAUCCUUUAUAUUAACUUCUCUUUUGUUCGCGUGUGGCUGCGUGAAGACAGUAUCUUCGCACGGCUAACUGACCCACUUCCCGUCAUCCUAUCGAAAUGAAAUUCGGCGCAUAGAAUCGUCGCUAAUGACAACGCCCUCUAUUAAAUUUUCAGCCCCACCACAACUUACCAACCCAACCCAAAAAAAAAAAAAAAAUCAGACUUUUCUGUUUUUCAUGGGUUAACGUGAAUGAAAUAUGAAUUGUUUAAUGGGUGCGUGCUUUGGUGUGCAGAUAACUUGCGCAGCUGUUGCUAUGUUCUUUGUAGUUGUGGCGUCUUUGGGUUAAACUUUACCUGUAGUCUAUUAGGUUUUUACAAGCAACAAGUUGGGUAAAAAUAAAAAAAAGUAUCCCCCUAUCAAUAAAUCAGUUGCUACAAUCAAAUGGUUAAUAAAACAUCUCUUGCCAUGACAUAAGUGGAAACAACCAUUUAUAUAGAAAGUAUUUACACGAGAAACUGUGCUGUUUAUGGGUUUAUGAAUUUGUUUAAAUGUGAAGAUGUCUGGAUUUUUAAACUAGUAGGGAUCAAUGUCGUUACAUUUUUCAAUAGAUCAAAUUUGUACAUUUGAAUAGAUCAAUGUCGUUACAUUUUUCAAUAGAUCAAAUUUGUACAUUUGAAUAGAUCAAUGUCGUUACAUUUUUCAAUAGAUCAAAUUUGUACAUUUGAAUAGAUCAGAUGUCUGUACCUUUGAAUAGAUCAAUGUCUGUACAUUUGAAUAGAUCAAUGUCGUUACAUUUUUCAAUAGAUCAAAUUUGUACAUUUGAAUAGAUCAGAUGUCUGUACCUUUGAAUAGAUCAAUGUAUGUACAUUUGAAUAGAUCACUGUCUGUACAUUUGAAUAGAUCAAUGUCUGUACAUUUGAAUAGAUCAAUGUCUGUACCUUUAAAUAUAUCAAUGUCUGUACAUUUGAAUAUACCAAUGUCUGUACAUUUGAAUAGACCAACGUCUGUACAUUUGAAUAGAUCAAUUCAGGAGUAAUAAAUUAUUAUAUACAUACAAUUGCUGAUAUUAUAUGUGAUCAAUUAUUUUUUUCCCCCUUCCUAUAUUUGAGGGCCCACGAUCAAUUUAUUUUAGCAUUCUGGCUCCUGGUUUUGAGUUCAGAUUUUGCCUUCUUUUAGAUGAGUUGCCGUUCAAGGCUUACGAGUCCCCUCCACCCGGGGUGCUCGGGGAGUUUUUGUUUGUGUUUUUGUUUUGUCGCUUGUAUUGGUCUUGGUGGGCGAUUAACAUGUAUCCCUGAAACUAUAUUAAAUCCACAUCCAUAUCCAUAUAGACCAUAUCGCUGUUGUUACUAAAGUGCUACGGAUUUCAUCAGCUGUAGAUCACACAGCCUGAACGCCGUCCUUCAUUUAUCUAGCUGUUGAUCGGCCAAUUAUCCUAAAAACGUACAUUUCCUUUAGUCAUGAUCUCCCUACAAGGAAAAUUUGUUUUUAUCGCAACAGAUUCUUUAAAGAAGCUAAUCGAAUUCUAAAACCUGGAGGGACAUUCGCUGCAUUUGGCUACUACCUUGAGUCUCUAGACAAUGAGGAUGCGCAAAAAUAUAUGACAAAGGUAAGGGACAUAAUUUAAGAUCAAGUGUCUCCAUUUAAAAUUACACUUAUAAAAUUUAUACCAUUUUGACCGCUAGUCAAAAGAAAUAUAAUUGUUUUGGCUGAAUGACAGAAAACCAAAGUGCCGAUACAUUCAUGAUAAUUUUUGGUGGUUAGGAAUGACUGCAAGAUUAUCUUUUAAAUUCAAAUGCUGUUUAAAAAAAAAUUAAAUAAUAUUUUAAAACCGGGAUUACUACUUCAUAUGAAUCUAUCCUGAAAUAGUGGCGCGUGAAUUGUAUUUUUCAAACUCAAUUUUUGUAAAGCUACUUACGACCUACACCUGAUAACUUCCACAAAAUCCUUUAAAAAAUCUGUCAGAAAAAAUAUAAAUUAGAACACCAUUGAGUCGUCCCGUGAUGCAUCAGGAUGAUGCCCCGCUGUUCUUAAAUCUACUACUACAUCACUGAUACGUGUACGAAUAAUAAGAUAGGUAAAUUUAUCGCUUGUAAAAAAUGGGAAAAUGAUAUAUUAAAAAGAAAUUUACUUUUCGGUACUUUAUAGAUCAGAUUUAACCAUUUACGGAAGUACCUCGUAGUCGACCGAAUAAAGCUGAUCAAAGACAGAUACAAGACCAUUGAGUUUCCAUUCAGAGAUCUCUUAAGGUAAUUCAAUUUUAAACGGGUUUUUUUUUUAAAACUAAAAUUAAAAGAAAUAGAUUUUUCAAAAUGUGCCAUGGGACAACUAUAUCGUACGUCAACGACGGCAUUAUUAUCUGUUCACUAAACUUGUGGUGGAAAGAUGGCACAUUGUUUUAUCUUCCACAGGAUCAUACCAACAUUAUGUUUCGAUCUAUACUAUUUUGUAUUUUUAAACAUAAAAAUGUUGAUGCCAAUGCAACUGAGCAUAUAACCAUCAUGCUGAAGUGGAAUUUUGAACUUCGCUAACAUUUCGUUUUCCUCCCCUCUUCUCUUCCUUUUCACACUAGUCAGAAAGCUUUAUGCUGCAGUACCCAAAAUUUUUUUUUUAAAAUUGGCAUAUACAUCCCACCCUGUUUCAGAUAGAUAUAAAAUGACAUUUGUUCCCCAAUCUAUCAUGUACCAGCAUGCUCCAAAAUCUUUCAUAUACCAGCAUGCUCCCCAUCUAUCAUCUACCAGUGUGCUCCCCAAUCUAUCAUUUACCAGCAUGCUCCCCAUCUAUCAUCUUCCAGCGUGCUUCCCAAUAUUUCAUAUACCAGAAUGGUACUUAAACUAUCAUGUACCAGACUGGUACCCAAUCUAUCAUCUACCAGUGUGCUCCCCAAUCUAUCAUCUACCAGUGUGCUCCCCAAUCUAUCAUCUACCAGUGUGCUCCCCAAUCUAUCAUGUACCAUAAUGCUCCCCACUGCGCUAUAUAAAAUCACCUUACAAUGUUAAUAAUAAUAAUAAAACUGUUUCACUACUUUUUGAUUCACAGAAGUAAAGACAUAGAAAAGCGGGUAGAGAUGACCUUGGAGCACUAUUUGGAUUACAUUCGAACCUUCCAUUACAUAAACAUGUAUUACCAGGAAAAUCCAGAAGGUGACAUCAUGGAACAGAUUCAAUAUAGGUGAGACUCCCCGGCGCGUUGGCAACUAUUAUUAUUUUUUUACAAAUGUAGCUUUGACAGAUUUUAUUGACUGACAGUGGGAUAAAUAUUAUGACGACAGCUGUGUCAACUCCAUUUGACAAUAUAUCACACCAAUCGAAAAAGUAAAUGGUAACCUACAAACAACAUAUCUUAAGACUAAAGAUAGCACGAGGAAGUCAUUUUAAGACUGAGUGGACUUAGAAUAUCGUGUGGCCUGGAUCAUACAAAGAACUCUGAAAUGCAUUGCAUAGCAAUUUAAAAUAAAUGCUGUAUUUGUAGAAGAUAUAUAUUUUUUUUUAAUUUAAGCACACAAAAAAACACUUAGUAUAUCAAACUUAUUGGGGGUUACGCCAGGGGUCCCAACAACUUUUCGAUUCCCAUUGCCCUAUAGAAGUCUAGAUUGUUUCUAGGCGUCCCUUGUCAAAUUCUAACAUAUACACUGCAAGAUUUUGAAUAAUUCUUUCCUCAAUUUAAAGACUGGGUAUACGCUAAUGAGACACGUAUAUAAGAAACAAUUAUAACGCCAUCCUGCUUAUCGUCUCUAGAGGUUUCUAUGAAAUGUAUCACUUGCCUCAAUGAAUUACAUUGAGUGGGACAAGGUUUUUAAAAAAAAUAACGUUUUGCAGGGACUCUGCUAGGAAGAAAUAAACCUCUAGGUACAUGAUAAGCAAACCUUGGCAACCAAUGUAUCAGACGACAUUAGCCCUAAAGUCCAUGCUGCUGCAAACCUUGGCAACCACUGUAUCAGACGACAUUAGCCCUAAAGUCCAUGCUGCAGCAAACCUUGGCAACCAAUGUAUCAGACGACAUUAGCCCUAAAGUCCAUGCUGCAGCAAACCUUGGCAACCACUGUAUCAGACGACAUGAACCCCCAGCCCCCAGGUCCACGCUGCGCAGAUCUUGGAAACACCCGUUUCAGACGAUUACAUCGUGUCAAAAGUAACUUUGUCAAUGUUAAGUAACGAGUCUUUCUAUAUGUUUUCCCCUCCAGAUUGAUAAAGAUUCUUGGCGACGGUGAAGACGAUGUCAAGCAAAUAAAAGUAUCUGUCAGCUGGAACUUUUUCUUUGUAUUGGGUAGAAAAUAACUGACCUCAGAAUGUUUGACAACCAGAGAAGUCUUUUGGGUAGGGCGCGAUGGGAACCCCCCAAUCAAGUUUUUGUUUGCUCCCCCCCCCCCUGAAAGAACCUGAAAUGAUGAUCCUGUUUUCAACAUGAAAUUUGUGUACACAAAUUAGAUCGACUUGUGAUUUGUAUUUCGAAAGCUGUAAUUGUUUUUUUUUUUUUAAAACGAGUGUCUCGAGUUUCCAUGGAAACCAACUGUAUGGCAUGUUUACUUCUUUUUUUUUUAACGUCAUGACUUACUCUUAAAUGAUCAGCUACAUUUUUGACACAUUGACACAAGAAUGUCUAUACGCGACAUGAUCAAAAUAUUUCCCGUGUAAUAGAUUUCUAGAAUGUGUAUAGAUGUCGUGUCCUGAUAUUUCCAUUGUAAUAAAGUCCUAUUUAAAAGCAUUCGUUUUAAAAGAGCAAAACUAUAAUGUAUAGAGUUCAGUAAUUGGUCUUCUAAAGAUCCCUUGGUAAAAUUGAUCUUAACAAAGCCCCAAAAGACUUCCCAGACGUCACGGAGCAAUGAUUUGUGAUUUCUUAAGAUGAAUAAAUAUCGAUUUACAGAUUAAGACAAUACCUGUAUCAUGUUCGUUCGCAUGUCAUAAUCUAUAUAUAUUAUUCGCCAGCAAAGGUCAAGCAACACCACUACGCAGGC